GCGAGGCCUCCGGCAACACUUACUUAGAUUACUCCAAGAAAACUAUUCUCCAUCAUGGACUUGAAAAUUUGGAUUUUGCUGGCUUUCGCCACUCAAUCAUUUGCAGCUGUCUAUGCAGCUCAGGGAUCCAGUUCAUUAAGUCCUACUCCAAACAGUAACGUCGCUGCAUUGGGCGAGGCGCUGUGCGAUAAAAGGAUCGAGGUCGUGGAGGAAAAACUGAAAGACGUAGUGACGUUGGUGAGCCAGAAUAAACAGCUUUGCGAAUUUCAAAUCAAAGCCCUUCGCGAUAGCGGAGAGCAGCAGAAACAAAUUUGCGAACACAGAAUCAAUGAAGCGAAUCAACAAAUCAGCAAUUUACAGAAAUCCGCACAACCUAGAACAAAUGGUAGAACUGCUUCCUGGCAUGUUGCGAGUAAAUUGAUGCCACUAUUUCCAGGAUCGAAGUAUUACAUCAGCAAGGAGAAGAUGAGUUGGCAUCUGGCAAGCACGUUUUGCAAAUCAAACGGCAUGGAACUGGCCAGUAUCGAAACAGAGGCCGAAAAUAACGCGAUUCUCGAUGUCAUUGGGAAUGAAAAACCGAAAGAGUCUUAUUGGAUCUCUGGCAGCGAUAUGGGGUCAGAGGGAACGUUCUAUUGGACUGGGACUGGUAUGAAAAUUAGCGGAUUUACUUACUUCGAAAGAAGACAGCCGGACAAUUUUGGAGGCAAUGAACACUGCCUUCAAUUCUGGAAACCUUCAACUCCUACUCUUGCUUGGAAUGAUCAUCAAUGUCACUUAAAUUUCCGAUUUAUCUGUGAGGUCAACGAAAAUGAGCUAUGAAGUGUGAAAAAUAUUUGAAGUGAUGCUAAUUUGAAAUGCAGACGUGAUGUAAUAAAAUAAUGCACCAUAUUAUCUACAACUUGAUUUUUAUUGAAAAUAUUAAAUCUAUAAGUUUGAGCUGAA